AUGGAUUCCCCAAGGGAUGGGAACCACACAGCAGUAAAAGAUUUCACUUUACUUGGCUUAACUGACAACCUAAUCCUUCAAGUCAUACUCUUUAUGACCAUCCUAUGUAUCUAUCUGGUGACUAUAUCUGGCAAUCUCAGCACAAUCAUUCUUAUCAGAAUCUCUUCUCAGCUCCAUCAUCCUAUGUAUUUCUUUCUGAGCCACUUGGCUUUUGUGGACAUAUGCCUUUCAACUUCUGUCACACCCAAUAUGCUUAUAAAUUUCCUGGUGGAGAGAAAUACAAUCUCCUAUUAUGGAUGUGGCAUGCAGCUGGGUUCAGCUACUUUCUUUGGUGCAGUUGACUGCUUCCUGCUGGCUAUCAUGGCAUACGAUCGCUUCGUGGCAAUCUGCAACCCACUGCUUUAUUCCACCAAAAUGUCCACACAAGUGUGUGUUCAAUUUCUCACAGUGGCUUAUGUAGGUGGUUUUAUUAAUGCUUCCUCUUUUACUAUUUCUUUCUAUUUUUUAAUCUUCUGUGGACCAAAUCAAGUCAAUCACUUUUUCUGUGAUUUUGCUCCUUUAGUUGAACUGUCUUGUUCUGAUAGCCGCAUCCCCACAGUUGUCUCCUCAAUUGUUGCUGGCUUCAUCAUUGUGGUCACAGUGUUUGUCAUAGCCACCUCUUAUAUCUACAUCCUCAUCACCAUCCUGAAGAUGCGCUCCAAUGAGGGGCGUCACAAGGCCUUCUCCACCUGCACUGCCCACCUCACAGUAGUCAUUUUGUUAUAUGGGACCAUCACACUCAUUUAUGUGAUGCCCAAGUCUAGCUACUCAACUGACCAGAACAAGGUGGUGUCUGUGUUCUACAUGGUGGUGAUUCCCAUGCUGAACCCCAUCAUCUACAGCCUCAGGAACAAUGAGAUUAAGGGAGCUCUGAAGCAAGUGCUUGUCAAAAAAAUAUUUUCUUAG